AUGUCCGACAUGCAGCCUGAUCGUUCAUUAAGUUCUUCUGUUCAUAUCUAUCUAUCUAUCUAUCUAUCUACCUCAGUCUGUUCAUAUCUAUCUAUCUAUCUAUCUAUCUACCUCAGUCUGUUCAUAUCUAUCUAUCUAUCUAUCUAUCUAUCUAUCUAUCUAUCUAUCAGUCUGUUCUAUCUCAUCUAUUCAUCUAUCUAUCUAUCUAUCUAUUCAUCUAUCUAUCUAUCUACCUCAGUCUGUUCAUAUCUAUCUAUCUAUCUAUCUAUCUCAGUCUGUUCAUAUCUAUCUAUCUACCUCAGUCUGUUCAUAUCUAUCUAUCUAUCUAUCUAUCUAUCUAUCUCAGUCUGUUCAUAUCUAUCUAUCUAUGUAUCUACCUCAGUCUGUUCAUAUCUAUGUAUCUAUCUACCUCAGUCUGUUCAUAUAUAUAUAUCUAUCUAUCUACCUCAGUCUGUUCAUAUCUAUCUAUCUAUCUAUCUACCUCAGUCUGUUCAUAUCUAUCUAUCUAUCUACCUCAGUCUGUUCAUAUCUAUCUAUCUAUCUACCUCAGUCUGUUCAUAUCUAUCUAUCUAUCUAUCUAUCUAUCUAUCUAUCUAUCUAUCUCAGUCUGUUCAUAUCUAUCUAUCUAUCUAUCUACCUCAGUCUGUUCAUAUCUAUCUAUCUAUCUAUCUACCUCAGUCUGUUCAUAUCUAUCUAUCUAUCUAUCUAUCUAUGUCUGUUCAUAUCUAUCUAUCUAUCUACCUCAGUUUGUUCGUAUCUAUCUACCCCAGUCUGUUAAUAUUUAUCUAUCUACCCCAGUCUGUUCAUAUCUAUCUAUCUAUCUAUCUAUAG